CGAAGGGCGUCACAGCACCCUAUUAUAAGUACCCCAAUUCAAACUUUAAGCUCUCAAAGAAUCGUAACCUUGUUCAUUCGCUCCUCGCUCCUCUCUCCUCUCUCUAACUUGUCAAGAUGCCUCGCCGUAGCUCAGGAGGAAGGCCAGCUCCUCGUCCUGCUGCACAUACCCCAUUGCGUAACCCUCCACAGCCAGUUGCUCGUGCUCCUCCCCCAGCACCUGUUCAAGGUGGAAAUGGAUCUGUGGUUGGAAGUCUGGGUUCCACCAUAGCAGAAGGCAUGGCCUUUGGUACUGGAAGUGCCAUUGCUCACAGGGCAGUGGAUUCUCUGAUGGGUCCUCGUGUUAUCCAACAUGAGACUGCUGUUUCUUCUACUUCUCCUGCACCUACACCAACCACCAACAGUAUUGGAGGUUCUGAUGCCUGUGGUACUCAUGCCAAGGCCUUCCAAGAUUGCUUAAACAGCUUAGGAAGUGAUAUCAGCAAGUGCCAGUUCUAUAUGGACAUGCUGUCUGAAUGCCGCAGAAACUCGGGUGCUACUUUGAGUGCUUAACAUGAUCAAGAUACAAAUUUCUAUUCCUUGAAUAACAGAACGUUGUCUUGGUUCCUUGUUUAAGGAUGAUUGGUUGGGUUUGAGAAAUUAUUGAAUAUGAUUUUGAAUAAUCAAUAUUUGCUUUCCUCCUCUUAAUCUGGAAGCUGGAUGCAAACAUUUUGUUAUUAUCGACUCUAUAUGAUUUAUGGUAACCUGUACUCUUUGAGUGUCCCUAAAUAGUCAA